AUGGGCAGGUUCCGACGUAAAGGUGUUGCUGGCAGGCAGGAAUCACUUCCGUGGAUACACGGUUCACGAUUCCUGACUUCACAUCUUGAUCCACCGUCGCCUGAGGAACAGAACUGGCCACCGACUCCACCGUCGGCCACCGGCGGUGACUCAGGGUCUUUAUACAGUGCCCUUACUCUCUGGCCGAACCCAUCACUACCUGUGGUUACUGGUGGGCAGGAUACAAUUGUCAAGUCCCGGCAUAUCCCAAUUGAUAUCUCAAAAUAUCAAGUCACCGAGUUGCCCGUCCAUGAUUAUGCGGAGGACAGCACCACCAAGUCGACAACUACAACACGUUUGCCCCGUUAUGUCCCCAUAAUAAUCCCCGACUUUGCACAACCGUUUGCGCGCGAGCUCCGGCCUGCUACGUCAGACUCCGAUAUAAAUACACUGCGUUCAUCGUCGAGCUCCGCGACACCCACUGCCAGCAGCCAGGCACGAUACUCCCGGAUUUCGGAUGAAGUCAACAGCAUUUCGACGGCGACGACAUUAGGCAUUCAUGAUAUCUCAGACCAACUGGUAGAUGAGAAGAGGGCAGCGAUGAACAACAGUCAGGUGAGCCUGGUAGCUUCUGAGGCCAGUGGUGAGGCUCCAAAUGGGGCAGCGGAAAAAGCGAGCGCGGCAGGAGGGAACGUGGGGAUAUCGCCUGGAGUCCCUCAGCAAGGUGCUCCACCAACCAAUCUGUCCGGCCUUGUAUGCAAUGUUCACAGAACAACGGGCGAUGAGCCCCCGGCCUUGGUAGGAGCAACUACGACUAUACUCGGGGACAAACUCUACGUUUUUGGCGGUCGGAUACAUUCACGGAGCAAACCACAACUGACGGCCGACCUCUACGAACUGGAUCUCAUCCGCCGUCACUGGGUCAAGAUCGAUGCACUGGGCGCUAUCCCUCCUCCUCGGUACUUCCACAGUGUUUGUGCGCUGGGAGACUCAAAAUUGGUUUGCUAUGGUGGCAUGUCACCCGCGAUACACAGCAGAACUCCUGCCACCGGGGAACCCCAACCUGAGGUGGUGGUGAUGUCGGACGUGCACGUAUUUGACGUUCCCACCCGCAAAUGGACGCUGAUCUCGACCUCCGACAAUCCCCAGGGACGGUAUGCUCAUUGCGCAACAAUCCUCCCGUCAUCUGCGGUGUUUACCUCUGCCAGCGCUCCUCUCUCGGCCAUUCACCACAACCCUCCCUCCGCCGAUCCUCACUCGGGAACGCUGGGCGUUCACCUGGAUGGAACAGGCGGUGCGGAAAUGAUUGUGGUUGGAGGUCAAGAUAGGAUCAACAACUACAUUGAGCAGAUCAGCGUCUUUAAUCUUCGCAGCCUGACAUGGACGAAUACCACAGCAUGGGAUCGGAAAUGUGGAGCGUAUAAAAGUAUGGUGGCUCCAUUGACUGGGUUGUCAGCCGAGAAUAUUGGACGAGGGGUCCCGCUCAAGGAUCCCAAGGCCAGUUCCCGGGCGGGCACGUCGAUGUUGAUCUAUUCCAAUUACAAUUUUCUAGAUGUCAAACUGGAGCUACAGAUCCGGCUGCCUGAUGGCUCCCUCAGGGAGAAGCCAAUGGCAGGACCUAUAUCUCCGCCAGGUCUGCGCUUCCCCAACGGCGGCAUCAUUGACGGUCAUUUCGUGGUCAGCGGGACGUAUCUGACUUCUUCGAAACACGAGUACGCGCUGUGGGCGCUGGACUUGAAAACACUGACGUGGACAAGAAUCGACACGAAUGGUUCAAUCUUCUCGCAGGGAAGUUGGAACAGAGGGGUUCUAUGGAAUCGUCGAAACACAUUUGUGAUUCUGGGACACCGCAAACGGAGCUUGGUGGACGACUACAAUCAUCGCCGGAUCAAUUUCAGCCAUGUGUGCAUGGUAGAGCUGGAAGCGUUUGGCCUGUACGACAACCCACGCAGGGAUGCUCCUACAUCUGCCUAUGUCUCGGUAUCUGCUCCUGUUGUACCUACAUCACUGCAAGCGACCCUGCCCACCCAGGGAGCUGGCGGGCGACCAUUCAAUAGCACAGCCGAGCAACUUGGGCAAGCAGCAUUGAGCCUGACAGAGCUUGCGGACAUGGAAAUCGUGGCUUUAGGAGGAGAAAAAAUCUCUUGCAACUCCUUCAUCCUUUCGCGACGGUGGGGCCCCUUCUUCAACCAGCUUCUGAUCGAAUCCGCCACCACACAGGAGACUGCCAGUAUGUCGGAUGCGGCGACAUUGAGGCCGAUUGCUCGCUCGCAAGCCAGUCGCAAUUCUUCCAUCACCAUUACCCCGAGUGUGACCAACGGAUUGGGACCGUCCGGGUCUGCGGCUGGCACCGACGGGAUCCUGGAUCCACAGCGAUCACUAAGUCGAUCGACCAACAGAACCCUGGUCGAUCUUCCCAAUACAAUGUCACUCCCUGCUUCAAGCCGGCCACGGUCGUUGUAUUUACCACACAUGGCCGCGACAAUCCAGUUACUGUUGCACUAUCUGUACACAUCCUCCUUGCCGCCGGUCGGGUCGGCUUUGUGUACUCCGCACACUCUAUGCUCGCUCCUGCAGAUGGCGCGGCCUUAUCAGAUUGAUGGGCUUCUGGAAGCAACUGUCGAGCGGCUGCACGAAGUUUUGGAUGGACGCAAUUCAGCGGCCGUGUUCAAUGCGGCUGCAAUGGCAGCAGGCGGUGGAAGGGGCCUGGCGGGUGCUGCAGGCGGCAUCAUGUCAUCGCUAGGCCGGCGGGAGAGCGAAGCCACAGCCAUUGGCGACCAAACAUUCGCAGGGAAGAUGGCCGGGCUCAAGUUGGCGACGAGUUACGAAGAACCAGGCUUAAAAGGUCACGGCAAGACGAGCUCGAUAGACUCGACCUCGACGGCCACCUCAGCUUCCACGUCGACUGAUGUCUCGCGUCCCGCUACAGACAAUGAGGCAUCCGCACAGGAAGAAAAUAAUGCAGAUCGCGCUGAUAAGAGUCGACGAGAAACACGCGAGAUGUGGACAGGAGACAUCAGCUCUGUCAUUGGUUUGCAGAAACGAGGUCUGAGAGGCCUGAUGGAGGGACGGCGGUUGCGAGAACGUGCCAAUACCGGUGCAAACGGUGGUGAAUAG